GCAUACGUGUGUGUGUGUGUGUGUAUGUGUGAGUGCGAGUGUGUGCGUGUAUGAGUGCGAUUGAAAUUCUAUAGAGACUUUGUUUUUUUAAAUUACACACACACACUAGCUUCAUCGUCCAUCUGCCGUUUGGAGUAAGAUUAACAUUGUUUUUACCCAUCUGGAUUUUAAAAACGUUUUUGAUGACGAGUGUCACUGCCGCUGAUCAAUUCAACACCAUACAGGACAUAAAUAGUUCGAUUUAAAGAAUUUACCUUCAUCAGAGUGAUGGAUGUUUAGACCAAGUUAUGAGACUUAAUUUUAAAACCAGACCGGGUCCCUCCUGCCGGAGAUCUGCUGUUGUUCUGCCUCUGGGAACUCAUGAUCGUUGUUUAUUUGUGUUUCAGCAUCAGUUUGUUUGCAUGGAGCUGAACAUCUCUGAAUACACGCAUUGACUGUUCUUAGAAAGAGCUGAUCGAUCCAAUUAUGAAUCCGAUAGGAAUCUGUAAUUUGAAGAAGUGAUCUUAAAGCUGAGAACAAUCAAAGAAGGGCAGAAUGCUGAAGACCCUCACUAAAAAACUCAGAAGACACUCUCUAAAUGAGAUCCAUCCGUUUCAACUAAAGAUUUCCUACCAUGGCAGUGAGGAAGGGGGGGAGAGUGAAGACUCAGAAGGCGAAAACCAAGAGUUGGCACAGAUCGACAGAGAGCGCCGGCGGAAUUGUGCCUUGACUCCUCUAGCCACCAGUCAACAGCACAACCAGGGCAUUCUCUCUCCGGCUCACUUACGCCGUCUCCGUUUACUCCUGGACCCGACCCUGGACCGCCACAGUUCAGAAGAGGAGCUGGAGCGCAUCGCAGGAGCCCCGGGAGCAGAGGGGGGCCGGAAGUGGCACAGACAUGGAGACAUGAGCAGCGCCUCUAGUGACGAGGAGGUGAAGGACCUGUGUGGGCCGAACGAACCGUCGACCGGGGCCCGCUUGAGCGCCACAUCUCCCAGUCCUGUCCUCUUCAGCUCCUCUCCUCCUCGAGCGCUCAAGCCUUCACACACGCCGGCCCGCCUCCCUGUCCGGCCCAUCAUUCUCAGCCACUUUGAACAACCUUCCAUGCCUUACUGGCGCCACCGGCCCAAUUACACAGGAGAACCUGGUCGCCCCAGCCUAGACCUGGAGAAAAUGCAGCAGAAAAUGCUUCUAAAAAAGAACUGUGGAGGGAAAACGAGGACUAUCAAGAUUCGGAACCUGAGUGGCGGCCGUCACGCACCCCGAUACUCCUACGAUCCAUCCAUCUUCGCCUUCCGGCCUCUGAGCAGCGCUCCUCCCUGCAGUCCCCUGAUCCCCGCUGAGGAACCUCCGUGUGCAUGACUGGACCUUUGCAGAGACGAAACAUCACUUGUGGACCAAAAAUUCCCAACAUAAAGACAAUGUAUGUUU